AUGACCCCAGCGCUGGAGCGACGUCUGGAGGCCGUCUCCGCGCGCCACGACGCGCUCGUCGCCGCGCUCGUCGCCGAUCCCCCGCCGCGCGCCGCCGAAAUCGCGCGCAUCAAUAAAGAGCUCGCGCGCGCCGAGCGCGUCGUCCGCGCGUACGCCGCCGUCAAGGAACGCCGUCACGAGACGGCGUCGCUCGAGCAAGUCAUCGCCGAAUCCGCCGGCGUCGACGCGGAGAUGGCGCAAAUGGCGGAGGAUGAGCUCGCGACGUUGGAAGAGACCACCCCCGCGCUCGAGGAGACGCUCGCGCAUCUCCUGCUCCCCGCGGACGAGGCGGACGACUCCGGGGUGAUCCUCGAGGUCCGCGCGGGCGCGGGGGGCGACGAGGCUGCGCUCUUCGCCGCGGACCUGCUCCGAAUGUACGAGAUGUUCGCCAGGAAAACCGGGUGGCGCUUCGAGCUCGUCGCCGCCAACGCGUCCGAGGCGGGCGGCGUCAAGGAGGCCACCGCGUCCCUCGCGGGAGACGACGUGUACGGCCGGUUGAAGUUCGAGUCCGGGGUGCACAGGGUCCAAAGGGUGCCCGCGACGGAGACGCAGGGGCGGGUGCACACGUCCACCGCGUCCGUCGCCGUGCUGCCGCAAGCGGAGACGGUGGAGCUUGACAUCAGGGACGACGACCUCAAGAUCGACACCAUGCGCGCGUCGGGCGCGGGGGGUCAGCACGUGAACACCACGAACAGCGCCGUUCGCAUCACGCACGUACCAACGGGCGUGACGGUGGUGAUGCAAGACGAACGCUCGCAGCACAAAAACAAGGAAAAGGCGAUGAAGGUUCUUCGCGCGAGGGUGUACGAGUUGGAACGGCGAAAGCUGGCGGACGCGAGAGCCGAUCAGCGCAGGUCGCUCAUCGGAAGCGGCGACCGGUCGGAGCGAGUGCGCACGUACAACUACAAGGAGGGGCGGGUGAAGGACCACCGCGUCAACUUACUCCUAAACGAUCUCCCGGGUUUGUUGGACGGAGGAGACGCUUUAACUCAGAUGCUCGACGCGCUUAAACUAGAGGAGCGGAGGCAGCUCAUGGCCGAGUUCUCGGUGAGCUCGGAGUAA